UGUGUAGAAAAUUUUAGUUGUUGAAUACAAUUCGUCGAGCGAAGACGGAGUAACGGUCACAUCAGAAAUUUAAAAAAAUAAUGUGUUAAAGAAAAACAUUAACAAAAGUAAAUGUGAAUAAUAAAGCUUGAUGUUUUAACUUAAAGUCGACAAUAAUAAAUAUUUGUUUUACAACUAUUAUUUACUUGCUCAUUUUAAUAAAUCCAUUAACUAUUUCUAAAUUGGUAUACAUACCUAUAAAAAUUAAAGAAAAAACUAUAAGAAAUCAAACACAAUCGAACAACAAAUAUUAUUAAAUCCACCAUGAGUUUUACGCGACAGUUGUCUGAAAUGAGUGCCAGUGAAUUGAACGAUGCCAUCGAUGAUACCAAUUUUCCACAAGCUCAUGUCCUUUCACGUGGCCGUAACAAUAGUGUUUGUUCAACAAGUAGCACUUCAGGCACUUCUUCUCUAAUGGACCGCAAUCUAUCGCAGACCGAUGAUGUUGUAAGUGGAAAUGCGAAUGUUCCAACAAAUGUUGCUUCAAUUGUUGGCAGCAACAAUAGUUCUGUCGCUGACAAUAAUGCUGUUGUCAGUGACAUUCCAAUAACCACUAAGACAAACAACACUAAUCGGCCAAAACUGAUUUUGAAAACAAAUGGUAUAAAUAAUGAAAAUGAAACAAUUAGAUCGCCCAUAACUCCAAUGACACCAAGGACUUCUACAACACCAGGUCACGAAAACUGUACUUUCCACCAUGAUCUUGAAUUAGAUCACAAACCACCUACAAGAGAAGCUCUAUUACCUGAUAUGGCCCGAUCAUAUCGUUUACUUUUAGGUGGUUUGGGGGAAAAUCCCGACCGUCAGGGUCUAAUCAAAACACCCGAAAGGGCAGCGAAAGCAAUGCUCUUUUUCACCAAAGGUUAUGACCAAAGCUUAGAAGAUGUGCUAAAUGGUGCGGUGUUUGAUGAAGAUCAUGAUGAAAUGGUUGUUGUUAAGGAUAUCGAAAUGUUUUCUAUGUGUGAACAUCAUUUAGUUCCCUUUUAUGGUAAGGUGUCCAUUGGUUACUUGCCUUGCAACAAAAUUUUGGGACUAAGUAAACUGGCAAGAAUUGUGGAAAUCUUCUCUAGACGUCUACAGGUUCAAGAAAGGCUAACUAAACAAAUAGCUGUUGCCGUAACACAAGCUGUUCAGCCAGCUGGUGUGGCAGUAGUUGUCGAAGGAGUGCAUAUGUGUAUGGUUAUGCGAGGUGUACAAAAGAUCAACAGUAAAACUGUGACAUCUACCAUGUUGGGAGUUUUCCGAGAUGAUCCAAAAACGCGAGAGGAAUUUUUAAAUUUAGUUAAUAGCAAAUAAAGCUUUAAUUGAAAAUAAGUUGACAGAAUGACAUUAAUUGAACAAGUACUUUAAAAAUCAUGUAAAAACACGUAUUUACACACACAUAUUUACAAAAUAUUAAUAAGGCAUAUAAACAAUAAUAUAUACAUAUGUACAUUAGGGCAAUAACUUUUUGUAAUUUUUUUCGCGAUCGUUCCCCAUCGAACGCGAUGAAGUUUUAUAUAAAUAUCACUUUUUUUAAAUGAGCAAAAUUAAUAUUUUGAGUAACAAUUUUGCAAGUUUUUUUACACUAUCUUAUAGAAAGGAUUAUUCUUUAUAAUAAUGUUACAAAAUUUUUAACAAAUGGCGAUUAUAUUGCUUUGUAUGAAAGUUAUUAAAAUAAUUUAAUAAAACACGAAAUUGCUUUCGUUGCCGGAUGUUUUUUUCACCAAAUUGACUUAAAAAAUAGGUUUUUAUUAUCAGGAUUGUAUUGGCAGUAAAGCAGUACCGUGAUAUUACACCGCCCAAAUAUAGUUAUACCUAAUGUACAUAUACUUACUACUUGAAUUUUAUUAUAUGUAUUUAGAUAUGUAUAAAUGCUUACAUAUAUACACAACUUUAAAUACAUAGUAUAUACAUACAUAUAAUAUUUCGCAUGCAUAUAUUUUCAUAUAUACAAUUGUACGUUUACGGAAAAAAUCUUAAAUAACUCCAUAUUCAGUAUUUCGGACGGAAAGUAUGAAAAGUACUUAAAAAAUAUUUAAUAAUUUAGUAAUUUUCAUACAAGUUUUGAAAAUAAAAUUUCCAUUUGAGAAAGUGGGUACGGGGG